GUUCGAGGGGCUAGAGCCUUGGAGAAAAUUCGGGAAGGACUCUAAAAGAAGCAGAUAGCUAUGGAGAUUAUACCGGUACCGGACAACUUGGGGGAAAAAUUAAGGAGUGUGGAAAGAAGCCGACCUUUCCACGGAGUCAACGUCCUCUCCCGACACCAGCCCACAACGACUACCCGUUCCCCAGGGAAGACGUCGGUGGAGCUGAAGCAGCUCAAGAGGAAGCUGGGGGUCUAUAAGAAGCUGCACAAACCCCAAAAACCUCCUCCGGAUGCAUCCAGUUCUUCGGCAUCAAUGACACGCACAGUCGUCAAGGAAACCCCGGGCCCUGGAGAAGAGCCGUUCUCCAAGCAGCCUCGGCCAGCUGCCAGCUCAGGAGCAGAUAGCAACACAAAGGUGUGUACGGAAUAUUGGGAUGUACCCUAUGACCCAAUCAAUGAAACUAUCUUUGGGUACUCCGAGAAACAACUGCCCCUCGUGCUCGAGGUCAUCUGCAAAGGACGACGCCUCCAAGCACUCGUGGACAGCGGAGCAUCACACACCGUCUGCGACAAGGCAAUAAUCGACCGACUUCGGGAAGAGUACAAGCCUUCAGGAUUCUCUGCAACGAUGGUGGACGGCAGCAGGUUACCAGUACACGGCGAAGCAGUGCUACACCUACAAAUUGGACCACUGCGCUGGAGACCUGCACUCCCCAUCACCAACAUCGAAGGGCUUGACCUGAUCUUCGGGCGAGACUUCCUAAAAAGAUUCAACCUCGAGAUCAACUGGGUGAAUCGCACCGCAAGCAUCUACAACAAUGGACGGAGAGUAGAGCUACCCAACUGGGACGAUACUGGAGAUAUCCCAGUGGAGACACUCGCACGAUUCGAGAAGGACGUGAAGCGAACCGACACAGGGUUCCUGGCAAUAGCAACAGAGGCGGAGAACGACAGGGAGAGAACCUCGGAACCUCCAGGAAAGAUCAAGGAAUUAUUGAAGGAGUUCCAAGAUAUUCUUCCGGACGAUCUUCCGAAUGAGCUACCGCCAUACCGAACGCAUCAACACGAGAUCGUGGAGGAACCGGGUUCGAAGCCGACCUUCCGAGCACCAUAUCAGCUCAGCUCUACGGAGCUGACCGACAUGAAAAAACAAAUCGAGUAUCUCCUAGCCAAAGGACUCAUCCGACCAUCCACUUCGCCGUACGGUGCCCCAGUACUCUUCACACCGAAACCGGACGGAAGCCUGCGCAUGUGCAUUGACUACCGAGCUCUUAACAAGCAGUUCAUCAAGACUAAAUAUCCGAUAUCGCGAAUCGAUGACCUGCUUGACCAGCUUCGGGGAGCUACGGUAUUUUCCAAACUGGAUCUGCGGUCCGGAUACUGGCAGAUACGCAUGGCGGACAACUCUAUCCACAAAACUGCUUUCCGAACUCGGUAUGGAUCGUACGAGUAUUUGGUAAUGCCAUUCGGACUCACCAACGCACCGGCAACGUUCCAAGCCGAAAUGAACCACAUUCUACGAUCACUUUUGGACGAAUGCGUGGUGGUGUACCUGGACGACAUACUCAUCUACUCGCGCGACAUGAAGCAUCAUGUCGAACACCUGCGACUCGUCCUCGAAAUUCUUCGACGAGAACGAUUCUACAUCAAACUGUCCAAGAGCGAAUUCGCCCUUGAAAAGGUCCAGUUCCUAGGGCACAUGGUGAGCGCUCAAGGAGUUCACGUCGACCCCAAAAAAAUCGAGGCCGUACGCACGUGGAAGACACCCGAGAACGUGAAGGAGUUGCUGCAGCUCCUAGGCUUCGCUAAUUUCUACAACAGGUUCGUGCCACAGUAUGCGAAAAUCGCAGCACCACUCACGAAUCAGCUGAAGAAGAACACGCCCUACAAAUGGGAGCCGAAGCACCAGGAAGCCGUGGAGCAGCUGAAGCAAGCACUUACGUCCGCACCGGUACUCAUCUUGCCAAAUCCCGAACGCGACUACGUCAUCGAAGCUGACGCCAGUGACCAAGCAGUGGGAGCAGUCUUGAUGCAAGAUCAAGGGAAUGGACUGCAACCAAUCGCUUACCUAAGUAAGAAACUACACGGGGCAGAACUUAACUACCCGAUACACGACAAAGAGGCCCUUGCCAUCGUCAUCGCCUUCAAAGCGUGGAGAUGUUAUCUCGAAGGACGAAGAACAAUCGUCUACACCGACCACUGCAGCCUGAAAUAUUUGAAGACACAACCCAACCUUUCCAGGCAGCAGGUCCGGUGGAUCGACUUCCUCGAGACACACUUCCACUAUGACAUCGUGUACAAGCCCGGUCACAAGAACAAAGUAGACGCUCUCAGCCGGCCUGCACACGUUGCCGCUAUUCAGGUCGAAGGGAUGAAUCCACUACUCAAGGGACUCUUCACACACGGGUACGCCACCGACCCCGAAAUUCCCUUGGCAGAAAAGCGACACCUGCUACGGUGGAACAGUGACAUCGCGUACCGGAAAGGAUCAACGAAAAUCUGGGUACCCAAUUACCCUCCUUUGCGCCAGUUACUACUCGAAGAAUACCACGACGUCCUCUACGCCGGACACUUCGGUAGCAACAAGACGCUCACUGGUAUCGCAAAGCACUACUACUAGCCCCACUUAGCAGAAGAUGUCCAGAAAUUCGUCACCUCGUGUGAUAC